CUUUUAUUUCCAGGAGGCGAACCGAUCGAUCGCCUUUCUCUUGGUCAAGGCUCUCCCAUUCUCCCUCAUGGUUUCCUCCUCUUCGUCGCCGCCGUCGAAGAACCGAUGGAUUGGCGGCAACGUCUCACGGAUCGCCUCCCGCGUCUACUUCGUCCUCAUCAUCUUCCAAAUCCCCAUUUUCAGAAUCCCAUGCAGGUCAGGGCUUUGUACAACACCCAUCCAGGUGACAUCUUCGCAAUUGAUUGCAAAUGAAAUAUUCCCUGCACCUGUGGUGAAGGCCCUCCUCUAUCCCGGGGCCGUCGUGCGCAGCCUUGCCGCCAACAAGACCUUGCCAAACUGGGGCAGUUUGCUCGACGCGUACAACCUGACAGAAGCAAAAAAUGCUUCGCCGGUUGUUGAUCUCCAGCGUCUAGAGGUUCUUGCGGGUAGCUACUUCUCCGUUGCAGGGGCACUCGUCGGUCUCAUAAGCCCCGGAAGGAUGACCCUGUUCGGGACACUACUGAUUGUUUGGGGCCUCGUCAAAGAAGGGGUCCUUGGAAAGCCAGCAAAUACAGAUCCGGCACAAGCUGUUUAUGUCUACCCUACGAUUCUGAUAGCGCUCGUUUGCGCUUUCUCAUCGAUCAAGACAAACGCGAGUAAGGCAGUAAAGAGAGCUCAGGUUGCACCCACGGCUAAGCCACUCAAGAGCUCUGCCAAGUCCAAGCUGAAGUAGUUAUUAUUUUCACUUGUUUUGGAGGGGUGCUUUCUUUUUUCAUUUGAAAAUUUCAAGUCAGGAAUUGUCUGGCAUUGUUAAAGUUGCAGUGUGAUCUUGAGGUCACAGGUUCAAGUCAUGAAAAUAACUUCUUACAAUGUAACGUAAGACUGACUCGUAUUGACAGGAGUUUCGUGUACCGAACUACUCUUUACCCUUUUAGGAGUUGUCUCGCAUUGUUAGAUUAUUAUGAAAGCUAAUUAAUCAAAAGAUGGAUUUAAUUUUAGAUUAAGUGAGGCCAUGUAAGCUAUUUAUUACACAAUUAAUUUGAGAUUACAUGAACAAGUUUUACUUUGUGUAA